AUGAGGAACAUGUUCCUACUAACAUAUCUCAUUUUUUUCUUGCCCAGGACAAUCUUGGCAUCACCCGGUGAUGAUUUAUAUGCAUUUAUGGAUUGUGUAUACCAAUGUGAACAAAUAACAUGCUACAAUAAUCACUAUUAUAUAGAUCAAUACGAAAGAGGACAAGAAUUGUUAGAUCAAGGAUAUGACUUGUAUUAUUAUAAUCCAAAUUGGCAAUUUGUUGAAAUGCCUCUACCAUGGCAUUUGCGUUUAUUGGGAUGGACAUGUCAACUGAAUUGUGAUUAUCAGUGUCAAAGAGUCAUAACAGAUGAGAGGAAAAAACAUGAUGAGGAGAUUUAUCAGUUUCAUGGAAAAUGGCCAUUUCUACGUGUUUGGGGGAUACAGGAAUUGAUGAGUGUUUUGAUGUCUUUAGGGAAUUUGAUUGUUACUUAUAAGUUUGGAUUCAGGAGGAUCUAUGCUAUAGUUAGCGAUAAGAGUCAGCCAAUGCUACUUCGAAAACAAUAUUAUCAUAUUAUGGUUGUGAUUAUAGUUACAAUGCUUGCGUGGACAGCUUCAACAAUAUUUCAUACCCGAGAUUACCCAGUGACUGAACACUUGGACUAUUACUUAGCUGGGGCCACAAUCUUAUCUACAUUUCAUGCAUUAGGGUCACGAUUAUUCUCCAUGUAUAAGCGUAAAAAUCAAAUCUACCAAUGGUCAUUUUCAAUUAUUUGUGCCUCAGCAUACAUUUAUCAUGUGCAACGAUUAUAUCGGGAUUGGUCUUAUACAUACAAUAUGAGGGCUAAUAUAACCCUUGGACUAUGUCAGAACUUGUUUUAUUGCUUAAUUGUAUUCAAAUUGUACUCCCGAUACUAUUAUCUUGAACAAAGUUCAAAACAAAUUAAUCAAAAUCAUUUGAAAUAUGUUGAUUUUAAACGAAUUAUAUUACCUAGUUUUUACUCCACCAGUGCUAAGCUUUAUGCAUUGUAUCCAUUAAUGUUGUGCACAAUCGUGGUGUUGGGGUCAUUAUUGGAAAUUUUCGACUUUCCGCCAAUUUUCCAUGAUUUGGUCGAUGCUCAUAGUUUAUGGCACUUGGUUACUAUUAUACCGCCGUAUAUGGGAUGGUAUGAUUGGUUGGUGUGGGAUAUUAGUGAAAAUGUCUGGCCUGAUUUAUUGGAGGAGGAGGAAUUGGAAAAGAAGAAGAGCGAGUAG